CAGCCGCCGCUCCAUCCCCAGCCCGGGCCCCGCAACCAGGCCGCCAGGAUGGACGUGUUCAUGAAGGGCCUGUCCAUGGCCAAGGAGGGCGUCGUGGCCGCAGCCGAGAAAACCAAGCAGGGGGUCACCGAGGCAGCUGAGAAGACCAAGGAGGGAGUCCUCUACGUCGGAAGCAAGACCCGAGAGGGGGUGGUACAAGGUGUGGCCUCAGUGGCUGAGAAAACCAAGGAGCAGGCAUCACAUCUGGGAGGAGCUGUGUUCUCUGGGGCUGGGAACAUCGCAGCAGCCACAGGCCUGGUAAAGAAGGAGGAGUUCCCCACCGACCUGAAGCCAGAGGAAGUGGCCCAGGAAGCUGCUGAGGAGCCGCUGAUUGAGCCCCUGAUGGAGCCAGAGGGGGAGAAUUAUGAGGAACCACCUCAGGAGGAAUAUCAGGAGUAUGAGCCAGAGGCGUAAGGGUCCAGAACGGCCCCCCACCAGCAGCACAAUUCUUUCCUUGUCCCUGCCCGCCUCCCAGAACCAGGGCUGUCCCUCUACCCCGUCCCCCAAAACACGAGAUCUUCCUUCUGCUCUGAGGAGCCCUCUCAGAGCCUGUGUUUGUGUCUGUCUGUCUGUCCUACCUGCCCGCGUCCAACCCUGGGCGUGAACCCGGCUGGGGCUGGGGCUGCAGCUGUGGCUGAGAGUCUCUCCUCACCAGUGUUGCCCCUUCC